AGCUUCUGUCUGCACGGCAAUCAGCAACCACCAAACAGAGCUCGAACUUGACCACGAGACUCCAAAUCAGAAUACCUAUCAUUUUCCUCUCCAAACAGCAGCAAGUAGCAACUUACCGCCAUGACAUUCGACCUCUCCAAGACUGCCAUCCUCCUCAUCGAUCCCUACAAUGACUUCCUCCACGAAGAGGGAAAGCUGUUCCCCAUCCUCGCCGAGUCCCUCAAGCAUACCGAAACUGUCUCGCACAUCUUCGAGCUGCUCACCGCCGCACGCGCUCAUAAGAUACCCAUCUACUACGGUCUGCACCAGCCGUCUAGACCUGGCAAUUUCGAAGGAUGGAAGCACAUGAUGGCCGUCCACCAGAGCCAGAAAGAGGGCUAUGCGUUCGAGGAGGGGGCGUUUGGGGGUACGAUUUACGAGGGUAUGGAACCUAGACUAGAGAAUGGGGACGUGGUUGUUAGUAAGCAUUGGUCGAGCAGCGCGUUCCAGAACACGGAUCUGAACUAUCAGCUUCGUCAGAGGGAGAUUACGAAUGUUGUGCUGGCCGGGUUGACGACGAAUCAUUGUGUUGAAGCGACGGCGAGAUAUGCAUAUGAUCUCGGAUACGAGACGACUUUGUUGUCUGAUGCUACCGCAGGCUUUAGCAAUAAGUUGAAAACUGCGGCUACGGAUUUGAUCUGGCCCCUCUUUGCAUCAAGAGUGAUGACUGUAAAGGAGUUCAUUGCAACACUGGAAUAGACCAGAUUAAAGUAUAACACGGUUGUGUUUCAUAGCAAAAGAAAACAUGAGAGAAUAGUAGCUUGCUUUUGAAGACUUGGAGAAAAGAUAGUGAGCAUUGUGGUGUCGCGGAUAUUGUGGUGUCGCGGAUUCAGCUCGCUAUAAUGCCCCGGUAUGCUUAUUCCACUACAUCAUUGUAAUUUCUCGUGCGUUCAAUAUUUGCAAAUAUGCCUCUGCCUUGCAUGAGCACACUCCCAAAAGCAAGACAAGAGGAGUUCAUACCUCCGGCUUUCCAUCUCAGUGACAUCAAUCUGAGUUUCUCCUUCAUUAACAGCAUGUGCUGUUGUGUCUCAUUACCAUAUCGCGCUUCUAGACGUCGAUA